UGAAAGUUCACGUUUCGAGGUUAACCAACUAUAUUUAUUUAUUUAUUUAACAUCAAAACAGAGUGACGUAAGGAGUGCUCAUUUUUUAAAUAAUUCAUGUCCCGGAAGUGACGUAAGAGCAUACAUACACGGUGACAAGUUUUUUUUAAUACAAAGUUGAUGUAUUCUUUUCGCGAAGAAUUUGUUGAUAUUGGACCGAGCUUUUAAGCGCACGUCAUAUUCUAACAGCACGAUUUCAAUCAACGGUCGAUGAAAUUUUUAUCCAAUGUUGUGACUCCACGGUCUGGUAAUCAUUUUCUCUGUGAAAUGCUUUGAAAUAAUAAACAUUGGGGCACGUAUAAAUGUAAUAUGCGAUAGAAACAUAUACGCCGAUAACUCGUGAGAUUUGGUUGUGUUUCUAUGUAGUAUAUGGGAGAGCGCGACUCCACAAGCUCCACAUAACGUCGCAGUAAUAAACACGUAUAUAUACGCGGUGGAUAUUACGGUCGAGAGAGGAAACAGGAACUCGGGAAUUCGACUAAUCAGCUCCCUCGCUGAGGUUGUUUACAAAAUAUCCGGUGAUCGUUGGUCGGCCGUUUGAUCGCGGAGGGACCGAAGAGGGGGACAAAAGACAGCAGGAGGUACAAAAAGUAAAUAGCGAGAGUACUUUUGUCCACGCGCGUAAAAGAGAUGGUACGAUUCGAACAAUAAUAUAAGAAUAAAUAUAAAAACAUGUAUUUGAGAGUGACACCAUCGCUAGAUUUCGUGUACGUGAUGUGUAGAGACGAUAAAGCAAAAAGUGAAAUAAAUAAUUGUUGGUAAAUGUACGGUGUCAUGGCAGCUUGAAUUGAUAUUUCACGUACAAACCAACGUUAAAUACAAAUACGAUUGGAAUAAUGUGCUGUUGUAUAUUCGGGUUCAAAAGAUUCAUGGUUUCGCAUAUAGGUGAGAAUUUUUCGAAGCGUUUCGUAAUCGCGAGCACGUUCGUUGUUUAUAGCUUCAUACUUACCGCGCGCAGAGUCCCUUAGGCUGCCAUGUUUAAAUUGCGAUUACGCUGCCAAGGUCACAUGCUAUACCAAAUGUUUCGAUAUUAAAAAAAUGGAAAGUAUGUACGAUUCGUUUUACGGCAUAUUCUAAACACAUUACCGGGAGAUUUCCGAAAGACUUCCACCCCUCUGGUGUGCCAACGUCGAAACACUUGGGAAAUCGUGAGAGAACAGAGAACAAGAGAGAGAGAGAGAAAAUGAUGGAUGGGUAAAGGAUAAGAGAGACGGAGGGAUGAGAAUUGCAGAGCACACAGCGGCGAAUUCAGGCGACUACGAUGCGCACGCAUCAAUAACAUAAACCCGAGCUCUGCAGCGCUCUCUCGUAUGAUUAUAUACGAUUGUGUACGAAGCGUAAGUGUGAUAUUUGGAUAUGUGUUGGAUCGGGGUGCCCUUCGCAGGCCGCUAACGGUGGCCAGGUAGACGCGAAUAAGCGCGACUCGUACACUACUUGAGUAUGUGAUAGAAAAAGAGGGGUGCGGAAUAAUAAAUUCAUUUGAGGAUAACGACAUUUUAGAUUGUGAGGUUUUGCCUCUCGAGUUACCAAAGGUGCGCGCGGAGGUGGGAGAGGUCGUGGCAAAUAAUAAAAUUCGCUAAAAGCUCACUUAUUUAGCACCGUGUGUCUGAUGAGCUCCACCAUUGAGCCUCUGGUGGUAAGAUGGCUGUGCAGUUGGACGGCGGGGGGAAGGAGGACUUGAAAACACAAUUUGUCACGCGGGAAGGUACAUACAAACUUAUGACAUGGUCCGAAUAUUCGAGGCCGAACAGGGUAGGAAAUACCGAUACUCGGGGAAGCUCAUCCGUAAGAGUAUCCUUCGUAACUCUACCGGAUCCAGCCGAUCCAACGGGUACACAGGGUCUCGGCGAUCGUAUGUGCUUCAAUUUUGGCAAAGAACUCUACGUUUACGUCUAUCGGGGUAUCAAGAAAGCUGUGGAUCUGAACAAACCAGUGGACAAGAAAUUAUACAAAGGCACGAAUCCGACCUGCCAUAAUUUUAAUCAAACAACUGCGACUGUCGAUAUCGCUCCUCUCCUCGUGGGCUUUUCAACUGGUCAGAUUCAACUCGUAGAUCCUAUUAAAAGGGAACUCAACAAGUUAUACAAUGAAGAGAGGCUCAUAGAUAAGACAAAAGUAACGUGUAUAAAAUGGGUGCCGGGAUCAAGUAACCUGUUCCUGGCGUCGCACAGUUCGGGUCAGCUGUAUCUGUACAAUUGGGAAUUGCCAUGUGGGACGACGCCGCCGCAUUAUCAGCCGUUCAAAUCGGGCGAUGGUUUCGCAAUUCACACGUGUAAAACGAAAUCAACUCGUAACCCAUUGUACCGGUGGGUGAUAGGAUUGGAGGGUUGUUGCAUAAAUGAAUUUGCGUUCAGUCCAUGCGGCUCGAAUCUCGCGGUGGUAUCACAGGAUGGAUUUCUCCGUGUGUUUCAUUACGACACGAUGGAGUUGGUGGGUUCGGCGAGAAGUUACUUCGGUGGUUUUUUGUGCGUAUGUUGGUCACCGGACGGUAGAUACGUAGUGGUAGGAGGUGAGGAUGACCUCGUGACAAUAUGGAGUUUCAACGAGAAGCGUGUAGUGGCGCGUGGUCAAGGACAUCACAGUUGGGUGAACGUAGUGGCGUUCGAUCCUUUUACGACAUCGUACGGUGAUCACGAGGGUGAAUUUAGUGGUUCGGACGACGAGACUGUUCCGCAGCAGCACAACAACCAUAACAAUUAUCACGAAAAGUCGACGAACCGAGUUGUAACGAACAACAGUGGUCAAACGGCGAUUGGUUUGUCGCACUCGAACAGGAAUUCGUGCGGCUCGGAGCUUCGUGUUUCUGGUGGUACGUGUUACCGUUUGGGUAGUGUUUCGGAGGACACGCAGCUUUGUCUCUGGGACAUUACGGAGGAUGUGCUGAGGCAACCGGUGUGCGCCAAGUCUCGAGCGUCGGCAGCUGGUUCGGGCACGUUUACCUCAUCGGGAACGUUUACCAGUGGCAAUGGUUCGACGCUGAAUCACGUCGGCAACAACGCCAAGCACAAUAGCACGAAUAACGCGAGUUUUCGGGAUUCAACGAAUUACUUCAACAACGAGAUGGCUAGCAACAAUACGAGCACGACUCCGGGAACGACAACGACAGCAGCAGCAUCGUCAACGACAACAACGGCAUCAGGAACGAUAACCACAACGACGAUGACGAGUACGAAUUCUUCGACGACGACGACGACCUCCUCGACCUCGACUACCACGGCUGUAUCCACCGUUAAUUCUCUGACUCAGAGGCUAGCCGGGCUCGGUUUUGGCGAUCGUAAAAACGCAGUUACGUCUUCAACCGGUGGUAGUGGUGGUGGUGGUGGUGGUGGUGGCGGCGGCGGCAGCGGCGGCACCGUUCCUGCCGCUACCGACAAUCACAAGAGAAACUUUAGUCUUACCUUGCGCGGUAGCGGUACGAGUAACAACAGCAAUACCACUGGAUCUGUUAACCCGAGCCUCCACAACAGUGGGCCCGAACUUAAAUCUGGUAGUAACUCAAACUCCGGUCAUUUAAACAGUGUCGGUGGAAGUUUUGGUGGAAGUAAAAAAAUUGCUAACGCUAUGGACGAUCCAAUGAGGUUGAUAGGUACAGCCUGGUGUCCAAGAUUCGACGAGUGCCCCGUACUAGAGCCGCUAGUUUGCAAAAAAUUGGCCCACGAGAGACUGACUGAAUUAAUAUUUAGGGAAGAUUGCUUCGUAACCGCGUGCCAGGACGGAUAUGUUUAUACGUGGGCUCGGCCUGGUCACAUGAUUCCGUGGAUGCCGCCCUGAUUUAUCGCAUGCCAGGUAUCGGACAGGUAGGGGGUGCCCUACACGUCGUCAGUCCAGGUGAAAAUGGAGGAACUAUAGUAUAGCCAAGCUCUGGGACUAGAACAACUUUAAUUCAUCGAUCAAACUACUGGGGCUCCUUCGAGAAGAUAAAUAUUCUACUUUCGAUGAGAUGUCGCAUGAACAGUAUCCAUCGACAAGGCCAGAGAUAAUCGCAGUGUCUCUUGUUUGUCGUAUCGAAUGAGCUAUGAAAUUUACGGUUUGGAAAGGAAGAGAAAGAGAGAGAGAGAGAGAGAGAGAAAAUAAAUGAAACCAGCAAGUUCGAUCUUGAAAACAUGAUCUGAAUAGCUCAAAAGACAAAUAUUUAUGAGCUAGAUAAUCCUGGGAUAGUUUGUAUCAUUUUCACGUGCUUUUUGUACAGUUUGUAACAAGAUAAAAAAAAAACAUGAAACGAAACGAAUUGGUAUUUAUCGAUUGAAAGUUUGGAAAUGCGAAAGCUCGUUUACGAGUUCGUGUUUUUAGAGUCGAGAACAAGGAGUUUACAGCCUGGGGCAAAAUUAUCCAUCUCGGUUAACUUUAUAGUGAUAUUUUUCAUUCCGCAAAAAACUUAUUCGAACCGAUCGAAAGCUUAUUGAAAAAAUAAUCAAAAUUACUGAGCAACUUGACGUCGAUUUGAUCAAAGAUUUCGGCUAUUAUCAACGUACAACCAAAAGUGAUCGAAAGAAUAUUUUGGAAAUGAUUAUUUGAGUCAAAUGGGAGUUUAACUUGACCAAAUAUUCUCACGAAUCAAAAGAAAUGUUUGAAAAAAUCUAGUUAAUACAAUUUCUGUCGAAAUUUAUAAUUGCAAUUUUUUUUUCUAUUCUAUUUCGUACUAUUCCAUGCUCACAGCUGUCCAGAAAUAUUUUUUUUUAUUUGUUAAAAUAUAUCACAUAUUUAUUAUUCAAACAACUACGAGUAAUUGGACAAUGACAGUUCAACGAUUUAGAAAAAAUGGUUCAAUAAAAGUGAUAAUAAGUAACGGAAAAAUUGAAUCUCGAUUUGAAGUAAGCAGAAUUUGUAAAAAGACGAUAAUUGUUUCGAGGAAAAAUUUCACAAUAAAGUUCGCCUGGACACCAGUGAUUUUGAUCUAGGAUAAAAGUCGAAGCUUUUGCGCCUUCGUCCAGUUGAUAUGCUUCAUCAUUCCAAUUUACUCAUUCACGUUGGGACAGAAAAGAGUAGCAAGAAAGAGAGAGACAGGCAGGAAGAGAAAUAAGAAAAAAUAUAUUGUUUGUGCAUGAUAAAUCGUCAAUUUGAAGAAUUUUAUACGAGCGAUUCGAUAACGAUAUACAAUAUAUGACCAGAUUCACAACCUUUUGAUUACAGUCUAUGAGCUUGGAUCAAGUCUUUAGUCACUUCUGACGAAAAUCAGUUUAAAUUAGCAAACUUUUCUUCAAUUAAUAUUCCCACAAAAUUGUUCCUAUUUUUGAAAUGCUGCCUUUUGAAAUUUUUCAGUUCCAAGUCCAUUCUACCAAGUUCAAAUUCCAAGCAUCGUUUUUCUUACAGCCUACCAUUUCGAAACAAAAAACCAACAGAAAAAUCGCUCACCCAAGCUCGCAGGCUGUCCUAGAAAAGUAAUGGAUCUGCCCAUAUAUAUAUCUAUAUAUAUGCAUAUAUAUAUAUAUGUGAAAAAUGGAAAAGAAAAUAGUGAAAUACAGUUGCAUCAUCGAUGGACAAUUGAUCGAGGUUUCAAAAAUAUAUUGAUUUUAUCGAAAAUCAGUUUUCCAUGUUAAACACACGCGCGCGGGCGUAUAUGUUUGAUGUACCGCGUACGAGCGAACGAGCGAUUGUAGUUGUAUGGUGUGACCGGUGUGAGAAACGACGCGUGACGAGGAAAUGUUAUGAUUAUUGCGAAUGAAAAAAAAAUGAACAUUUAUUCCGAGAUGAAAUUAGGAUAAUUUUUUAGUUGAAUUUGUAUUAUUUCGAGGAAAAAUUCCUCAGAGGGUGUAAAUAUACACGUUACCGAGUUGUUAAUUUUAUUUGUUUGCAAAUAUAUAAUCAAUCGACAUUUAAAAGCUACGUUCUCGAACAAAAAAUUCAUUUCAUUUGAAGCUUAGUGCUCUCUCGGUAGGACGAGAGAAAUCUUGUGAAAUUUGGUCAUCCCCGAAAUGGAGUGACCAUUUAUUUUUUAUAACGAAUAAGAACUGAAUGGAAAAAUUUUUGAAUACUUUUGUGCUUUUUUGAUUUUUUCAUAAUAAUGGAAAUUUAUUUUUGUCUUCAGACUCAAAGUAUACACUUUGAAAUCAAAUUUUUCGGCAAUAAUAUUCAUAAAAAAUUGUUCAUCAAAUUCAUUUCGUCAAUUCAUCGAAAACCCAAAUCUCGAUUGAAUGAAAUUUUUGUCCGCGAAUGUAUGUGUUAAGCGUCUAUUUAGUACAAUUAAUCCUGAACUGAAGUUCGUGUCCAGGCUUUAAUGGUUAUUGGGUUUAUAUGAAUUUCGAAGCCUUCACAGAAAUUCAUUCAUCUACGAUUGAUUAUUGUAAUUUCGUAAAUCCACGAUGGGUUCGGAAUUGAAAAAAUUUCGAGACUCCUGCCUCACGAACGACGUUAACACCUUGCAGGGUAACACGAUGGAACACUCGAGCGGUCACUAUUCAAUUUGCCUUAGUAAUAAAGUAAGUGAAAAAGCCGCGAGCAUGAUUUUUGAGACCGAGGCCUGAAAACUGAGGAUACACUUUGGAGUUUUUUUUUUUUCUAUAAGAUAAAGUGCAGAUACAUAAAAAAAUAUAAAACAUGCAUUUUCUCAAGGCGAAAAUAUAUUGAAUUAUUAUGGUUUAUCUAUCGAAGAGAAAACCAAAAUUAAUUGCACAAUUUAAUCGACUAAAAUCGUCCAUUGAUUCGAGAACAAAAAAUCAAGGACAAAGUAUUUUUGUUGCUCGUUCGCGUGUCCCGAGUUUUUCUAAUAUGUAAAAGAGUUAACCCUCAAAUAACUGACAUCGAAAUUUGCAAUGUUAAAAAGCAACGAGAAUCAUUUCGAAAUUUAUGAAAAAUAUCCUCCAACCUAUUUGUUGUAUUCGUUGAUUAAUUUGUUCAAAAAACGUCCCUAAAAUGUGGCUCGUUUUUACAAUUCGUAUCUGCAUUGAAAUAUCGAGGCAACAUUCGAAGGAAUAAGUCGUUGCAGUUCAACGAUGCAAACUUCGACGUCAUAGCUAGUCCCGAUGUUUCAACAUUCCGUGAAAAUUCACGGGUACGAAAGAAGGAUCAAAUUUUUCAAGCUCAAACAUUAAGUGGCCACAAUUGUGUAAUGCGUUAUAACGAAUGCAGAUACACGAGGAAGAGACAAUUGGGAGAACGAUGAUGAUUGAUAAGUCAACCAACCAAUAUUUCAUUGGGGAUUAUAGUCCUCCAAUGCAAAAGUGUAUUAUAAUAAACAGAGAGAACGAAAGAAAAUUGAAGAAAGAGAGAAAGAAAAAAGAAAGAAAGAGAGAAAAUGGCAAAGUAUAAAUACCUAUAGGUACUUAUAAAAUAUUAUCGUAUAAGCAUAUAUUCCAAAUAAGAUAUUCCAAAAGGCGAUAUUACAUAUAUAUUAAUUUAUAAAAAGCUAGAGUGUUGACGAGAAGGCUAGUAGUUUCAAAUAUCUUUCAUUUAGGUUAUCUGCGUACAUGUAUUUCUCAUAUGUGUAUAUAUAACUAUAAAUAAAUGUGUAUAUAUGCACAUAUGGAAAAUGCAGACUUCUCUGUUACAGAAAGGGAGAAUGUUUGAUGUUUCUCUCAAUAAUUGAGAAUACAGAGUCGAUCGAUGAGUUGAAAUGAAAGGGAGGAAUAUGAAUCGGAAUAUUUGGCUAUUGUAAUAGCGUUUGUUUCGAUCAAAUUUUAUUCGGAUGAGAAAUCGGAGACAAAAACGCCUCAAUUUGGCCGGCUUUAUUCUCCAUGAGAUGGGCGAAGGAAAAGACGCGUGUGUUUGGUAUUUUGGUUAUUUGUUUUGCAGAGGUUGUAUGAAAUAGAAAAAUUUGCAUCAAUUUUAAGGUUCUUUUUUUGUUAUAUUGAAUAAGAAAACUGAUUUUUAUUUUGUUGCAAUAUUGUGUAAAAUGGUGAAUUUGAAUUUGCAGCUUUGUUCAGUAUUUUUAUUAUUUAACAAAUGAAUGAAAAUAGAUAAAAGUGUGAGCGGUCAAAUUGAUGCGUUAAAGUUUCUCAAGAACAAGAAUUUCCCUACUGUUUUCAGGUGAAAACACGAUAUGAUGUUGGGAGAGAAGCGAGGAAGAGAAAAAAAGUGCUCGUACAAAAAUUAUCAUAUUUUUUCAUACAUACACGACGAUACAAUCCUCGCACUAUAUUGAAAAAACGCAAGGAAAAUCUUUUUCUAUUCGCAUGCAUUGAUUCGAGUCUCGAGUCUCUUCGUUUGAAAAUUCAUGAAGCUCUGGACGCCGGUUUUACUUUACCAUUCGAAAUAUUUACAUGCGUUUUUGUGUGUUACAAUAUUUACGCUCGGUGUGUUUUACCACCGCAGGAUCGAACAAAGACACGAUUGUUUGACCGGUAAUAAGCGUUUGUCCCGGCGUUGUUAUCGAUCAUCAUCACGUGUGUGUAAAAAUAAAAACAAAAACAAAGAAAUAAAAGAAAAUUAUGUUA